AUGUCGAGCGCCGAAGUCCAAGCAGUGUUGGCUGUUCUCACACAGAGUUUGUUGGACUCAGGCCCCAAGUCGCCAGCUGACCUACAUCGGGAGCUGGACGACGCGAUCAUUGAAGUUAUGACGGAACAGGACCCUGAUGCAUUUCCGCCGGAUUCAGAUGAACCGGAUUGGGCGCCAGUGGAUGAAGGGGCGCCACUGUCGUUGGCUGAUUUGUCAGGACCCAGAGGUUUCAUGGCUGCGCGGUCAGACCCUGACACAGGUGAUGCUACGUUGGAUCUACCCAUCGUUGAUGUCAUGAGCAUGGAUGACCCAGACAUUUUUGCAGCACUUGACGAAGUUCGAACAGCCUGCGCCGGUGCUCUUGGAGAAGCCAUGGACAGGAGCCACGCGGUGUUCAGGCUGAUGGGGAGCACCGAUGCACAUGUGAGCCUGGAAGGGCAUCACGACAAGGUGUCAGUACUGACUGGUGGCGAGGCUACUCAGCUCGCACCCCGUGAAUGUGAUGGGAAGGUCAUGUUGCCCAUCGAUGUUCGCAGCAUCUUUAGUGUCUUGAUGAUGUUGACAAGCCGUCGAUUUCACCUCGCCCACCUCGAAGCACACCGGGCCUGGAACGGAAUGAGGUCAUCGAAGGAGGAGCCCGUCCAGAAGGAGGACUCGAUCGCCAAGGGGGAGACGUGGAGAUUCAAGGAGGCGAAGUCGGAGCCCAUCGAGGAGACGUGGGAGACACGAUUCCCGAAGCCGUGCACGACGUCCGAGAAGACCGAGAUCUCAGGAGAGAAGGACUUCGAGGGCGCCGCAGCCGCGGACACCGGAAAUCCCACCGCCUCGAAAUCCGCCUCGAAAUCCGCCACCGUUGGCUCCGAGCGUCCUAGAGCUUUGGAUGACUGGGUGCGAACUACCUGGGCACAUCGAAACGGAUGCUGGACGUUGUGGGAGCGUGAAGUUGCUUCCUCAACCGGGAUGAGGGUCAAUCAGACCCCGGACUUGAAGAUGGUGAUCUUGCUCCAGCCGCCGCGUGAUUACAUGUCGACAAUGGACGUCGGCUGGAAUGGAGAGUACCUGCCGGCGAUGCAGGGCACGAAGAACAAGCCGAGCGUGUUCAAGUGGAUUCUGAUGAACCACCUCUUCCAGAGGUCGACCGUGAGGAGACACUUUGAGACUCAGAGAAACCAGGCGAAUCAGGUCAGCGCUAUACUCGCUUUCCUGGGUCGCCCUGACAUCCUCUACAUGGUUUCCAGACUGCAGUCGGAAAUCAAAGGAGCGACUAUCCAGACAGUGCGCGAUGCUAACAAGUGCGUCGAGUUGACCUUGGCUGGAGUGGAGAUUGCGAGACUCCGUUUUCCAUAUCAGCCCAUGGAAUGGAGCGAGUUGGGAAUACUGAGCGUCUCUGACGCGUCCUUCGCCAACGAGGCCAGUAUGGAGGCCGGAGACAGGUACCGAGCUUUGCUGGUAGAGAUGAAAGGUCUCAUUGGACACAAUACACGAGACUGGGAGGACAUCGCAAGACGAAAUUGCCCGCAGCUCAGUUUGUCGGACUGCAUGUCCUUAGUCAAACAUUUGAACUCGGAUCUGUUGUCCAAGUGUCAGGACAAGCGUCUUGAGAUCGAGAUGAGAUCUAUGCGGCAAUCACUCCGUGAGGAGGAUGACCGCAAGACAUAUGUGGUGUACCCCAACGGAGGAGAUCGACUGAAUUGGAUCCACACGAGCUCAAUGAUCUCGGAUUGUUUGACAAAGCGCAUGAAACCGGAUCUCAUGUUGCGCAUCUUGAAAGAGAAUGCGUACCAAGUGUGCUACAGCCAGAAGAAGAAGACUUGA